AUGGAUCCCUUCUCGUUAGUUGCCGGCACCACUAGUGUUGUCGAUGUACUGCUCCGCUUCGGGAGCUACCUGAAACACAUUCACGACGCAGCAGGAACCAUCGAUGAAGACAUCGCCGCAUUGAUCCACGAAAUUGACGCUCUCAUCUCCGUUAACACUUCGAUAGAGGACACUUCCAAGAUUGAGCAAGCGAGGAUCCCAAGUUCCUCGCUAGCAGAUUUGAAUCGACUUGAAGGCCUCUGGCGAAGCGUUGGGGUUCUGCGGAAGGAUUGCCAAACCACUGUCGAACGCCUUCAAGCUGUGGUCCAAGGGAUUUUUGGCAAAGAAGGCACCCCAAAGUCUACCGGAAAAGUCGAUGCUCUUAAAAGGACACUCAGAAAGGACAAGAAGAUCGAUGAAAUCAAAGACCUACGCCUCCAGCUGACAAAUUACAAGAACAGUCUCCAAGUGUUGUUGACCGCCUUGAACCUGUGCGUCAACUCUUAUACCCGUAAUUCGCAGGACUCGACCGACGUGUCACUUGGUCAUCUAUCUCAAGAAGUCCAAUUACUGGGAUUCAAGCUCAAUCAUCAGCUUGCUUCGUUACGCCCACAGCUUGCAACAGCUACUGACCGUCACUUCCUUCGUGCCAUCAAACCUGCGACUGUAGUAGCCUCACUCGUGUCUAUCAACAGACAUUUCGAUAUUCCGCAGACUGUCAGUAGCAUUUUCACUGGCCGAGAUUCACUGCUCGAGGAUCUUCAGACUGCAUUCGAUGUCUUCGAGACGUCUAGGGAACCUAGGAAAGUCCAAAGACGCUUCAUCGUAUAUGGGCUUGGUGGCUCGGGAAAAACACAAUUCUGCUGCAAAUUUGCUCAGGACAAUCGAAACAAUUUCUGGGGCGUCUUCUGCGUCGAUGCAAGCUCCGUACAGGCCGCCGAACAUUCGUUCUCUCAGAUAGUCAAGUUUGGGGGUCGUCAGCCGAGUGAAGGAUCGAAUCAGCGUGCAGCUAAAGAAUGGCUCUCCAGUCUUGACGAGCCCUGGUUGCUAAUAAUCGAUAAUGCGGAUGACUCUUCUUACCCCCUCGAAGACUACUUUCCCCGUGGCGAACGAGGGUGCAUUCUAGUCACUACGCGCGUGCCGGCAUACAAGGUUCAUGGAACCGUUGGUACAGGGUCAUAUCGGUUCGAUCAGUUGGCCAUCGAUGAAGCGAACGACCUCCUCCUGAAAGCAGCUGGCAAGCCCAGCCCGUGGGACACUUCGACAAGAUCAGCAGCUGAACUUAUUGCGGAUGUCCUAGGCUUCUUGCCACUCGCUCUGAUACACGCAGGCAAGGCUAUCAUGAACGGUCUGUGCUCUCUGGCAAACUACGUUGAGUAUUACAACAAGAGUUGGGAGAGAAUCCGUCAAGCGCGAAGGAACUCUGGGUAUCGAGGGGACAUCGACAGAAACAUGAACGUUUAUUCAAGCUACGAAAUCAACCUGAGAAGCCUUGAAGAGUCAGAUACCGAGCAGUCCAUCGAUGCACUCCAACUUCUCAAGAUGUUUUCCUGUCUCCACAACGAGAAUAUCCGCGUUGAUGUCAUAAUUACUGCAGCAUUGAAUCCUCAAGUUGAGCGAGAGCAACAAAGGAAGGACGCCGAAAGUCAAGCCCGCACGAAGGCAGCAUCCAGACCCAAAACAACCUCGGAGCUUAUCAGAGAUAAAAUGUUUAGAGUACUAGAGUUUCUUCUUAGAGACCGUAGUCCUCCCGUUCUACCCGCGCUUUUACGGGAGUGUAAGCCUUUAUCGUCUUUCGCCGACCUUCUCGAAAUCCGCCUCCGCCACGCGCUCAAGGUGCUCUCGCAGAUGUCGCUAAUUACGCAUCACGAAGCAACCGACAACUACUCUAUGCAUCUACUGGUCCACACUUGGGUGCGAGAGAGGCCCGAAAUGAGUGUGGCCGAACAAGCGCUUUGGUGUCAAGCCGCGAAGACUAUGCUUGCACAGUGCAUACUUCUCCCGCCACACGGGUCUUCUGAAAAGGAAGAGGCCAUGCGAAGGAGUCUGCUGCCUCAAGUAAACUAUGUCCGGAAGUGCGAAGCAAUUAUCAACACCAAGAUCAACGAAGCUCAGAAAUCGCGCCCAUGGUAUCGUGGGUUUCCAGUGCCUCAGAAUAAGUUCGGACGGCGUCAGGCGCUUGAAUGUGCCAAGUUCAGCCGAGUAUACUUUGAGUUCGGGCUUUGGAAAGAGGCAGAGGAGCUACAAGUGGCGGUCAAGGACUUUGUUUGCAGCAUGCUGGGCGCUGGCCAUCCUAUUGCUUUGAAAGCAACGCUCUUCCUGUCUGCGACCUAUUUUAGUCAGACCCGUCACAACGACGCAGCGGAACUUCAGUGUCAAGUCUUCCAGGCUUGCGAGAGAUCCUUAGGUUCCGAUCACCCCGAAACGCACAAAUAUAUGGAUAUUCUAGCCUCGAGUCGGUGCUUUCAGGGACGAUUCAAGGAGGCCCUUGAACUUCAUGAAAGAGCCAUUGCGGGGAUGAAGAGAACGCCACCCACAAACCCCGAAGAUAUCUUCAUUGCCAUAGGUAACUUGGGCAGGGUUCUUUGGAGGUACUUCCGCUACAAGGACGCUAUGGACUUGCAUAAAGACGCGGUUGAAGGAUUGACGAAAACCCUAGGUCCCACUCACCUACAAACGCUUCUGGGAAAGGAAGACCUGGCCAUGUCAUACUUAGACUGCGGGGAAGACCUGCUAGACCCCGCGCGCAAGCUCAUGCUAGAAGUCCUCGACCAACGCAAAAAACGACUCGGCGGAGAACAACCAUUCACCCUUCUUGCGAUUUGUAACCUUGCCAGAGUCGAAAGCGCUUGUGGCAACAACGACGAAGCAGAGAAGUUGUUCCGCGAAACUAUACCGAUUGCUGAACGAACCCUUGGGGAGAACCACUACGGCACGCUUGCAGCCAAGGUGCAUUUUGCAAUUGUGCUUACUCGCCAGAAAAAAUAUGAUGAGGCUGAGGAAGUGUUCACUAAGGUCGUGGAGAGACAUCGCUAUGAGAGUGCGGCACGAGCGGAUGGGGAUCACCCUGAUCGGAUCUUUGCGUUGUGGCACUUGGUGUUGUGCUACGAGCUCCAUGGGAAGGUCGACGACGCUCUUCUCAGAGUCAUGGAGCUUGAGACAGUUUUGACAACGAUCGGAGGACAGGGACUGGGGAAGCUCCAUCCGUUUGCGAAAAGGCUCCAGGAUAAGCGGGCAGAGCUUGAGACUGCUCAAAAGGCACCUCAAGAGAAUAUUCAACCUGAUGUCCCCGAGCGUGUCGAUUCUCAGGAAUCCGCCCCUGGUUUUGCGUCUUCCGAUACCUUAGUUUCGUCUCCGCCGCUCUCCCCGCCGCUCGUCGAAAUGCCAGAAUGA